UUCUUAAUUAUAUUCUCAGGGUGGUCACAACAUUCCUCAAACCUUCAAACGUGAGAUUUUGAAAAAAGCUGGUCAAAUAAUGAGAGAUUUUAAAAGUGAACUCACUACCGAGUACAUCAAACCUUUGGCUGAAAUGGGUAUGAUGGAAGAACUCAAAUUUCCCCCAAAGAGGUAUAGCGAUAUAAUUGACGAGAGAGAAUGGUUACAAUUUGUAACUAGUCGUCUAAGUCCAGAGUUUCAAAUAGUGCAUCAAGAACAAAAAAACUGUGCAUUACUAAUGAAGUCAAGGCAUCGAACCUCUCGUAGAGGAAUGGCUAAUAUAAGAGAAGAUUUGAAAAAAGAACGAAAUAUUCAAAAUCCAGAGAGGUAUCAAGUUUGGCUUAGAUCGCGUGAAAAAAAUAAAGUUCUUGUGACAGAGCUAGACCGACAAAUUGCCGAAAAGAUAGAGGACGUCAAAGAAAAAGUGAUUCGUGGAGAAAUUACAGCUCAGGGUCGAGAUGACAUCUUGACUCAAGCUCACUGCGACCAUUUCCAAAAUGUUUGGAAAAAAACAUAA